UCGGUCGCAGCUCUUGUUUUCUGGGAGGAUAAUCCGGGCUAACGGAACCAGACCGGUUCUCACCGAGCCUCUGUAACCCGGGACAACCAGCGGGAGGGUCCGGUACCGGCUCCGGUUCUGCAGAAACGUGACGGGAAUCAAAGGUCGAUCAGGAUGAUGAUGAACUCUGAGAAGAUGAUAAAGAAGAAACCUCCAAAGGACAGUCUGACUCUGCUGCCAUGUUUCUACUUUGUAGAGCUGCCCAUCGUGGCUUCUUCUAUGGUGUCGCUGUACUUCCUGGAGCUGACGGACGUGGUGCAGCCGGCGCUGGUCGGGUUCAGAUGUCACGACAGAGAGCUCAGCAUGCCGUACGUCGACUCUGGAGACGAGCUGAUCCCUAUGUUGAUGCUGCUGAGCCUCGCAUUCGCUGGGCCUGCUGCCUCGAUCAUGCUGGUGGAGGGGAUGAUCUACUGUCUGCAGUCCAGGCUGAGGCUCCGCCGGCCGGAGGGCAGCAUCAACGCUGGAGGCUGCAACUUCAACUCCUUCCUCAGGAGGACGGUGCGCUUCGUAGGUGUGCAUGUGUUUGGCCUGUGUGCGACGGCCUUGCUGACGGACAUCAUCCAGCUGUCCACAGGUUAUCACGCUCCCUUCUUCCUCACCGUCUGUAAACCCAACUACACGCUGGCCGGCUGCGACAGAAACUCUUACAUCACCAGAGACGUGUGUUCAGGGACGGACCAACACGCCAUCAUGGCCGCCAGGAAAACCUUCCCUUCCCAGCAUGCAACUCUGUCUGCCUUCGCUGCUGUCUAUGUUUCUAUGUAUUUCAACGCGACCAUCUCCGACAGCACCAAGCUGCUCAAACCGGUCCUGGUGUUUGCGUUUGCGAUCGCGGCGGCUCUGACGGGUCUGACUCAGAUCACACAGCACCGCAGCCAUCCGAGCGACGUCUACGUGGGAUUCAUGAUCGGAGCCUUCAUCGCCGCCUAUCUGGCUUGUCACGCUGUCGCCAACUUCAAGUCCUCUGAUGAUAUCAUCCCAGCCCCGCCUCCACCACCGCCGAAAGAAGAUCCCCUUCGAGCGCUGACGGAGCGAGGACACGAGUCCGUCUACAACAAAGGUCCCGCCUCGGCAUCUGAGAGCAACGACGAGAUCACGGCGACCCCGGUACCAAGAGUUGGGAUGGAUACGUCCCUGCAGGGGUCUCCGGGGGAAAGUCUGAAGAGAGCCAGCGUUGACGUGGAACUACUGGCCCCUCGGAGCCCAAUGGGGAAAGAAACAAUGCUCACCUUUAGCAACACCUUACCGAGGAGUAGCAUGAACGUGGAUGGUUUCCUGGAGGAAGUAGGUCCAAUGCAACCCAUGCAACAAGUGCAACAAGUGCAACCAGUGCAACCAGUGCAAAGGCGUUUGAAAGCGGUUCAGGGGCCGGUCGAUCCAAUGCGUUCCCAGCAACUGGUGUCAGAGUGGAAGCAGAAAUCGAUGGAAAUGAGAGGCGUUCGGGAUGAAGUGGAACGUGAGAAUAGCGAAGAUGGAGGAUCGGAGGUGGGAUCAUCUGUGGGGACGGAUGAUUCAACAACACCCGUGUUCCCAGUUCAUUCUGUGAGGGCGCCGUCCAGUCGUAAUAACCCCACUCCGCCUCCAGUUGGCGCCAAAGCUGUAGCGACUCCCCGCCCGCCACAGAUCCAAGAAGCAGCGCCGCCUCAAGUGUCUCCGAAAAGCGCUUUGACUCGGGCGAAGUGGCUCUCAAUUCGGGAGAAAACGAGUGGCGGUGAGGCGUCGAAUCGCACCAAUCAACCUCGUUUAAUGCAAGUUAUCGCCAUGUCCAAACAGCAGGGGCUCCUCCCUUCUUCUUCCACCUCUUCGGGGGAAAAGUCCUCCGAAACCACUUCCACCUCCUCCUCCUCAAACGCCAACGAGUCGCCGCAUUACCGCGAACAUAAAGAAAAUCCGGGUAUUGUCACUGUUGACGCUCAUGCCCCGCAUCAUCCAGUAGUUCAAGCCCCGUCCCCUCUGCAAGCCCCGCCCCUAGCAGGAAACGGUAAUCCAUGGGAGUGGGGAGCGAGGCCAAGUGACCCGCGAGACUCCUACGAUCUGAACAGCUUGACCAGAGGCGAUUCCUCCGCUCACGGGAGCAGUUUUCGGCCUCAUCGCUCAGCCUCUCCAGGUGCUGAUCCUCAGAGAGAGAUUGCUGUGGAGGCUCAGCGCCGAGAAAUGGCCAUGAGACGCAAAACGGCUCUGGUUCUGCUGGACCGAGAGAUCAGGAACCAGACGGAGCAGGAGAACUAUUACAAGAGUCUGCAGGGACGCAGGUUCAAGGAGUAGAACCUUUCAAAACAAAAGCCUUAUGUGGCAGCGGGGUGUGGUUAGAGCGCCGUGGAGUGAUGGGAGACCAGACAGCUGAUCAGAAUCAGGCAAUAGAGCGGUGCAGUGAUGACGUACUUUUGUAGGCCGACCCGGAAGUAAGCUGCAAGGGUUCCCUCGACAAAAAAGCAACGGGAUUUCUCCAUAGGAAUU